CCUCACUGACUGCACAGACCUCCAUGACGACAAAAAAGAGGAAGCGUGUGGCGCUGCACGACGCUGGGCCCUAUGUGAAGAAGCCACCCAACGCCUUCAUGUUGUUCAUGAGAGAGCAGAGGCCCAAUUACGCGGACCAAAUGAAGACUUGCGGGAGUGCCGACAUCAGCCGAAUUCUCGGACAGAAGUGGAAGUCUCUGUCCAACGAGGAGCAGGCUAAAUAUUACGAACAGGCCGAUGGUGAGAAGCGCCUCCACGCUCAGCGCCACCCUGACUGGACCUCCUGCAACAAUUACGGAGUAAAGCGAAAGAGAGACCGGCGCACGGCCGGCAAACUGUCUGCCAAACUGGCCAAAGUUUGUCCUGCAGCGUCUACAUCGGGAGAGGUCCCCCCGCCGGCCAGGACGCUGUGUGCGGCCGCACAUGUGUCAUUUUAAGAAUGUCACAGUUGUUGUGUUGCAUCACUUUUGUCACCGCAUGUUUGGCAGAAGUAGAUUAUCGUGUAAAUAAAAUAAAUCAUUCAAAUGUU